GCAGUGGCAGCCGAGCGCACUGCAAGCUGAAAGGCGCACACACACCAGAACAAGGAGGGGAAAGAGGCAGGCAGCGCAGCCUCCCGCACAUAUCCGCUUCCCAGCAGCGCGACCGGCUGAAACGCGGGCGCCUCGUCCUCCGGAUCUCCGCCGUUAAAAUAAGAAAAAGUUCAACUUUUUAUAUAUAAAAUAUAUAUAUAUAUAUAUAUAUUGAUUGUAGUGCAGCUCGGCAGAAGACGAUCGCCGCGGAAAAGACGGAGACAUGGCAACCACGACCUGUACGCGAUUUACGGACGAGUAUCAGCUGUACGAGGAGCUCGGAAAGGGAGCGUUUUCAGUGGUGCGCCGCUGUGUCAAGCUGUGCACAGGCCAAGAAUAUGCUGCAAAAAUAAUCAACACCAAAAAGCUCUCUGCGAGAGAUCACCAGAAGCUGGAGAGGGAAGCUCGGAUCUGCCGUCUGCUCAAACAUCCCAACAUCGUUCGACUUCAUGACAGUAUAUCAGAAGAAGGCUUCCAUUACCUCCUCUUUGACUUGGUGACUGGGGGGGAGCUGUUUGAGGACAUUGUGGCCAGAGAGUAUUACAGCGAGGCGGACGCCAGUCAUUGCAUCCAGCAGAUCCUGGAGGCGGUGCUUCACUGCCACCAAAUGGGCGUGGUGCACCGGGACCUGAAGCCAGAGAACCUGCUCCUGGCCAGUAAGUGUAAGAACGCUGCCGUCAAACUGGCCGACUUCGGGCUGGCCAUCGAGGUCCAAGGCGACCAGCAGGCCUGGUUCGGGUUUGCGGGAACCCCCGGCUACCUGUCCCCCGAGGUGCUGAGGAAGGAGGCCUACGGCAAGCCGGUAGACAUAUGGGCGUGUGGUGUAAUCCUCUACAUACUGCUAGUGGGCUACCCGCCCUUCUGGGACGAGGACCAGCACAAGCUGUACCAGCAGAUCAAGGCCGGAGCUUAUGACUUCCCUUCUCCUGAGUGGGACACAGUCACCCCUGAGGCCAAGAACCUGAUCAACCAGAUGCUGACCAUUAACCCGGCCAAAAGGAUUACGGCCCAGGAAGCCCUCAAGCACCCGUGGGUCUGCCAACGGUCCACAGUAGCCUCCAUGAUGCACAGACAGGAGACCGUCGAGUGUCUGAAGAAAUUCAAUGCCAGGAGGAAACUCAAGGGUGCCAUUCUCACCACCAUGCUGGUCUCCCGUAACUUCUCUGCAGCCAAGAGUCUACUCAACAAGAAGGCGGAUGUCAAGAAGAGGAAGUCAAGCUCGACGGUCCAGUACAUGCCGCAGUCAAACAGCACGAAAAACAGCAUAGUCACCAGCCCCAAGGGAAACGUCCCCUCUCCUGCCCUGGAGCCUCAGACCACUGUUAUCCAUAACCCAGUGGAUGGGAUCAAGGAGUCUUCUGACAGCAGCAACACCACCAUUGAGGACGAGGACGUGAAAGGGAAGAGUCUAGAUAGCAGCUCAGUUAAGACCCAAUCAAGCAGCACCUCUCUGCCAGAGACGGGGCCCCCGCAAAGCCCCACCCCCGCCAUCUUCUCAUCUCGCCUGACUGACAUUGUGAGCAGCGUCCGACGGGGCUCCGCCCCCCAGCCCGGCCCGGAGGCGGCCCCGCCUCCGCCUCGUUCCUCCCCCCCUCCGCCGCCGUCCUCUUCCCCCUCCCUGUCCUCACAGACCCGCAAGCAGGAGAUCAUCAAGAUCACAGAGCAGCUGAUCGAGGCCGUCAACAACGGGGACUUUGAGGCCUAUGCGAAGAUCUGUGACCCCGGCUUGACUUCCUUCGAACCCGAGGCUCUGGGUAACCUGGUGGAAGGGAUGGAUUUCCACAGAUUCUACUUUGAAAACUUGCUCUCCAAGAACAGCAAGCCCAUCCACACCACCAUCCUGAACCCGCACGUGCACCUGAUCGGCGAGGACGCGGCCUGCAUCGCCUACAUCCGCCUGACGCAGUUCGUGGACGGCCAGGGACGCCCGCGCAGCAGCCAGUCGGAGGAGACGCGCGUGUGGCACCGCCGCGACUCGCGGUGGCAGAACGUGCAUUUCCACUGCUCGGGGGCCCCGGCUGCGCCGCUCCAGUGAAGGGGAGACAGUAACGCCUGCCUGGUGAGAGGGAGAGAGGGAUGGAAGGAGGGAGUGGAGAACGAGUCCCGAGUUGGAGAGCUCUGAGCUGUCGGCGCUUAGCCCUCCCACUCUGGGCACCCGCAUGCACGUCUCUUUUUACAACUACCGCCACCUGCUGGGCUGCCCUCGCUACUGCACCUGCCAAUCAACGUCCAGUUCACGCAUUCGCCCCUCCCCCCCAGGCGUCUCCACCCCAGCCCUGACCUUGACCACCCCUCAGCUUUUACCCCCGCCCCCCUCCCACCCACCUGCCAUGAGAGCUCUACAGGCCAAGACAGUAGCAGCUAGCCUCUCGACAAGGGAAGAGACUCUUAAUUAACGCUCCAGUAUUAUAAUCCUUACAGUGUGUUUUUCUGUUGUCCUAACUCUUUGAUCAUCUUACACCAGGGAUUUGUGUCACAGCGCACAGAUACCCAAAUUAUAGUAUGUAAAGUUUUAAACAAAACAUUUAUUGUUAUUCUCAUCAUCGUCAACAUCAUUAUUACUAUUAUUAUGGCUAUUAUAGCGACUGUAUAUUUAAUUGGUACAAUUCAUAUUCUUGAUGCCAGUGGUUUCUAGGAGUUUAAGACAAUUUAUUUAAAUCAUUUUUCUUUUUUCUCUUUUUAAGAACGCAUGACUUUUCUAGUAUUCACAGUGGCUGUUUUUUUAUUGUGCUUGGUAAGAGAAACUUUGGCAGUUUUGGACACGCUUUUCUCAGCUAACGAUGAUCACGGGCAGCCUGGCAUUGGAAGUGAGAGCGGGUCUUUUUCAUUCGUUAAGUUUUUUUUGUUGUUGUUUGGAGGAUGGGGGUUGUCUGAGAGGGAAGGGGAGCUGAGAGCGAGGCCCGUAGAGGCAUAAUGGUCACUUUCGUCAGCACUGGAGGUAUUCGCCCUGCGUGCUGGGCUGCGAUUGGCUGGCUCAGGUCCGCACUGCCUCCGGCCACGCCCCCUUUCUGAGCCCCAUUAUGCAAUGUGAGCCGAGAGACCUGGAGGUUUGUUUCUGAUUUCCUCAUUCGCUCGUGUCCUUUGCUCAUCAUGUGCCACGAUGAAUGCCACCCAUGGGCCAUGUGUAGCGCCAUGCCCUCUGGACGACUGCCCUCCAGAUCCUCUAGAACUUUCCACCACAGUUCAGUGCUCCAGCCAUUUGCCACUGCUCAGCCCCCACCUUGUUUUUCUUUAAUUCCCAGCAGUCUCUGCAUUUCACUGACAUGUGAUUGCCGACCCCGGUUUGCAUUCUGCUGUGUGUCCUGCAUACAGUGCCCCCCCCCAGGGGCUUCCUAUUAGCAGUGCGGCUCAGCCAAUCUCAAUCGAACUGUGCAGGGUAGCCCCGCUUAGCCCCAUGUGUCGCCCCCCCUCACCUGGAAGUCUCCAUAGGGUGCCACAGCCUUCCUGUAGGGCCAGAGUGAUAUGACCGACAGCAGAGACCCCUGGAGUUCAUCAGGCCCCCACAGGUGUGACUCAUUUCUGUCACGUUUAGUGUUUAGUGGGCCGGGGGGGGGGGGAGAGAUGCUGGCGGCAUCUCAACGAUUGAUGGCAAAUAAAGACAAGUGCGUCCUCAUGAAGAUGGGGACAAUAGUGUGACAGUUGAAUGCUGGCCUUUUUAUUAAUGAGGCCAGUGAUGCUGUGUAGAGUCGCUGCGGAGUGGAGUGUGUGAGGGUGUCGUGUUGGGGCAGACGGCCGCGUGUCGGGGCAGACGGCCGCGUGUCGGGGCAGACGGCCGCGUGUCGGGGCAGACGGCCGCCUGCGGAAGGUGGAAUCAUGUCAGCAAGGGAGAAGGCUUUUCAUUAUAGGAUUUGCUGUCAGGCCGUUCCUUUGUAAUGUUGGUUUUACGAUUAUCGUCAUUGUCUUUAUUUAUUUUGUAUAUGCAGGUUGUGGAUUUAUUUUGUAUUUACUUUUUGGAAAAUCGAAGACAUGGUUUUCCUAGUUUUUUUAUUACAUAUUUUGAAUUGGAGACUGUUUGGGUGCAUUUUAACGUUAACGUUAACCUUAACAUUUUAUCGUUGUUUGAUGAUUGAGAGCCGCCUUCGCCUGCAGGUUUUUUUGACAUGGCGGUUAGCACGUGCUAACAUUGUGCAUUUGGGCAAGGUGGACGCUGAACGGCGUAGAGGGUGUUUCUGCUCUCCCCCAACCCCUCGACCACUCCAGCUGCUGCGUACCAGCGGCGAACAUGAAGCCGAAAGUGUUAUGGAGCGUGUUUGGAUUGGGCCGGCUCUUUGCCAAUGCGCUGGUGUACCUUACGCUGUUGUGGGUAGUGCAGUGAGUAAGCUGUGACUCUAGGGGGAGCCAUAGAGGGAGCAUGGGACAAGAGCACCAAGACUUGACUUCAUCCCAAGAUGCACUGCACAGUCCUCAGGUUUAUAUAUUUAUUUAUUUUCCUUUCGACUUACAUGUUUGUGUAUGUAUGUCUGCUUCUUUCAAUUUUUUGACUGCGAGAGUCACAUCCCCUGUGAAUUUGUGAACUCAAGCUUGUCUGAGUGUUGAGGGUGGAGAUGCACCACCAGUGUGGGUGAGGAACCCCCCCCAACAGAAAGACAGUAAUGAGCAGUGGUGUCCUGCGUUCACAAAAUAAAUCCACGAGGAGGGUCUGUCUGUUUGCCUUGUAGGGUUUUUUUUUUUUUAAACUUAUUUUAUUCCGUUCUUACAUAAAAUGUGAAAUCAUGUUAGGAGUUUUUUUGCCCCCCCCCCCCCGUGUUUUGGUUUGGGGAAACAAAGGACGGACAAAUCUCACAAACCUCCCCCCCUUCAAAAAGAGAGAAGAGGCAGCAUGUUGCCGAAGUAUUGUUCUUAUGUUCUUAUGUGUGUUUAGCAUUGCAAAUAAUCAUUUUAAAUAUUAACUUUUAAAAGAUUAUAUAUUGUAAAACUACAGUUAUCUAGUGAUAUCAUAAAUGGCAUUUAUUUGCAUGACUUUCAACUGGGACAAGUUUUGGUGUUUUGGAAUUCCUUUAGUUGAUUUUUUACUGAAUGCUGGUAAACUAUGAAUCUAUUUAUCUAUUUUCUGAGCUUUGUAAGUGCAUAAAACUAUUUUUGUCUCGAGGUUACAAUUACCAUGAUGAUGACAGUGGUUAUCAUAAUGAAGACGGACGUGUAAUAAGGAUUGUACAGCAUGCUUUUGUGCAGCACCCACUGUCGUCAGAGCAGAUCAGGCUGGUGUGUGAAAACGUAGAACAUUGCAAAGCAGCCAAAUAGAUCGGGGGAGAUCUUUACUAGUGGUUAUUUUAGCCUUGGCCAGUGCUGGUGCAUGUGGUGUUGACGUACUUCCGCAAGAUUUCCACUAGAUGGCACAAUUAUCCAGAAGAGCACAAAACAAUUGUUUGCAAUUUUGUUUCCCUGCAACAUAGAUAGUUUCAUUUGGAGAUUUUAAGGUCUCAUGAUACCACACAUAGAAUUUCUAUUACUUUUUAAAUGCAAAGCCGUUGUAACUUUUACAGUAGCUUUAAUGCUCAAUUUUUGUCCUUUGUUAUUUGAAACUCAGAUCAUUUUGCAUCUGAGCUACACUCUGAGAUUAUUGUGAAUACAGCGUCUUCCUCCGGACAAGGGGCUGUCUUCUUGAAUCGGUAGGUACCUAAGAGGCCUUGUCCCACACCAUAGUGGAGAUGAUGAACGGUGGUAAACAUUAACAUCAUGGACAGCUUUCAUACCAGGAAGACCAACGAGCAAUAAUUGUGAAUUUUAACCAACCAGAUGAAGCAAGCAGAGAAAAAAUGUGGAAUCCGUGCGCAUGAGGUUCACUUAUAGUACGAGGGUGUGAUGCGGUUCAGCCCCACCCUCCUUGGGGCUACAGGGAGAGCCUGUGCCCUUGGCAGCCAACACCAAGGUGCCCCUGAGCCUCAUGCCGCCUGCAGUUACCCCAUCGCAUCACCGCACGCAGGACAGUGCAUGCUUGUUUGUGCUCUUACUUCCAGUGACGUCACUCCCCUGCUGCUCUGACAACAGUACGCUGAUGACUGUUUGUAGUGUUUCUUUAAAUCUAUUCCCCGAUACUUUUUCCUUUCAUUGAACUCUUAUGAUAUAUAGUUUCUCUUCACAGGAGCCUUUAUAUUUGUUCUUUUUUGUUUUUCCUUUUCUCAGCUGGGGUUUCUAUAUAUAUAAGAUUAUGUGAAUCCUGCUGUAUAUCUCUGAUUCCACUGAUUAUGACAGCGUUGUUCUCUGGUGUGCGCUCUGUGUUCUCUAACCUAAGGAAAUGUGUUAAGACGUUAUCAAUAAAUUGACAACUUCAAUACUAA